AGAGUCGGACGUGUAAAGUGCCCAUAAACAGUUUCGGAGAACUGCACACAGCUGUCGGAGCUGAGUCAUUGGCCAUGAAUUUCGCUUGGGGUUUGGGGCUUUUAUUGGUUGUGGCCUUGGCGUCACCUGCCCAUUCUAAGUGCCCAAAAGAGAGGCAAUUGUGUUCGACUAACGGAGAUUUCAAACACUGUGAAGAAGAAAGUGAAGAACAGCAUUCUCACCAAAAAAAUGUAACCACACUGAUCUACUGUGACUCAAUGUUCUGCGAACCCGAGGAGUUUCAGCAUGACUACAUCGUCCGUAACCACGACCAAACACCUCACCAAAACAAGUGGAGAAGGGCUAGAGUCGGCGAACGUGCCACUUUGCACGAUGUUUGCUUGUUGCGAAACGGGAUGCCCGUCACCAGGAAGUGCAUGUUGGAGGACUCCCGAGCCCACUGGGAGUCCACGAGUCAGUGGAGCCCCGUUGUGUGUCUCAGGCGCUUCAGGGAGCACACAAUCAGCCUGGACCUGAACAGCCUGCACGAUGAUGUCAUCGAGGGCAGGAGACGCACCAAUGACACCCAAGGACGUCGCGAGAUGAGCGGCAUAAUGAGGAAUAUGUUCCGACAGAAGGAAAGGACACUCUUGCCCGCCGAUGUCCAUAUGACGUGCCAGAUGUUUGGAACAUUAUUGCAGCAGGAGAAGGAUGCAGCAGUCAGUGUGGAUCUGGUCAGUGUCUGCAAGGAAAUAAUGUCCUCCGACAGCCAGGUUCUGCGACUGUCCGCCCAGCUCAAUGCCACCAACUCCCUUCUGAGCGAGUUUGAGAGCUACAUGGAUGCUCUUCCAGAGCAAAUGGUUCCCAAGGAUAGAUGUGGAAAGGUAGUUCCCAAGCCCUCCAGUGAUGAGACGGAAACGGCAACGACUGGAGUCGAGACCUACAACUUCUCGGAUAUCGGAGUGCAGGCUCUGAUCACCGGCAAUAUCAGCGUCUUCUUCGCCAAUCCCGAAUGCGAUGGCAUAACGGGAAUCGCUAUCUUUUCUGCAUCAGCACAGAACCGAAAGAGUUCCCCGAGCGGCUUCUGGUAUCGAUUUAUUCGAUUCUCCGAAGACUUGGCUAAGGUAAAGCAGGAAUCGGACCUGGAGACAGCUGCCUUUCUUCCAGAGAACCUCUGGCGGGAAGUUCAAGGCAGGAGCGCUAGCUAUCUGAUCUUCAAAAUCUAUGCCCACGAUGCCCUCUUCGUGGAAACCUCACUGGAAAGGACUCGCAGGCCUCGCAGCAAGGUUAUCUCCAUUUCGAUACCAGAAUUAAAAGACAACAUCCUUCGAAUACCGUUGCCCUUUCUUCUUCGCAACGAAAAUCUUCGAGAUCCCGAUACAAAAGCCUUAAGUUCCGGCAGUGGAUGCGGUUUUUGGAACUACGACACUUGGUCCAGCUAUGGAGUUACCACCGGUAGCAGCUCAGAUCUGCUGAAAGAUCCCAUCAUCGAAUGCUACACUCAGCACCUCACCCAGUUUGCUUUUCUCGUGGGUGGCAGUUACCGAACCAACGACCUUGGCGAGGAGGUUCUGAUUACUCCGAUAAAUGAGAAAGUACUGGACAUAAUCUCCAUCGUGGGAUGCAGUCUCUCUCUGCUUGGAAUACUGGGAAUAUUCCUCACAGCAGCCCUCUUCAAGAGCUGGCGAAGUCAGGCCUCCACGAAGGUCCUACUGCAUCUGUGCUUGGCUAUGUGUCUUCAGAUGGUGCUCUUCGUGUUCCUGAACACAGAUGACAUUUCCGAAAAGCUGACUGUCAAUGGAGACACAGUUCGCUGUGUAGCUCUGGGAGCUGCCUUGCAGUACUCAAUUCUGGUUCUCUUCAGUUGGAUGCUGAUCAUUGCCUUUCUGCAGUUCCAGCGGUAUGUCACAGUAAUCGGAAUCGAAAGACCACAACACUACAUCCUGAAGGCUGCCAUAGUGGCAUGGUCACUGCCGUUGGUCCCCACCCUGCUGGUGGCCCUCAUAGAUCCUGAUUCAUACGUUCCCACAGCUGCACAAUUGUCAACCGACACUGGCAUCUGUUACCCUUCUGGAUAUGGUCUGAUUUUUGGAGUGGUCCUCCCGGUGACCAUGAUUACAGUGUCCAACCUGGUGAUCUUCGUCUAUGUGCUGUACAGCAUUUCGCACUCCUUGAGCAAGACCAUCCAUAGAUCAGAAAGGAAGAUGGUGGUCAAGCAGAUUCGACUCUCCAUCAUGCUGUUCUUUUUGCUGGGCCUCACCUGGAUCUUCGGAAUCUUCGCCUUCAUGCAGGCAGGAGUGGCCUUCUCAUACCUCUUCUGCAUCACUGCCACCAUGCAGGGCUUCGUAAUGUUCGUCUAUUUCGUCCUUUUGGACUCAGCCAACCGUCGGGCGUGGAGGGGUCUGAUUUGCCCCACCAAGAUGGACUUGGAUGUCCAAAAGCGCACCACCGAGCUCCAGUCCAUGACCACCUCAUCCACCAACUUCACGAGCAGGUCCCACCAUUAGCUUUAUAAGUUUCCAGGUCCUAACGAACAAAGGGUUUAUUAUUAAUGUGUCAUUUAUUUAUUAAAUAUAAUCUUAGUUAGCUUCAUCUGUAAGCAUUAGUCUUAUGUGUCCACCUUCAAAAUUGUGAAAAUAAUAAUAACAAG